UCCAUAGAGUGCUUAAAUUUCAACAAGAAGCCUUUAUGAAACCAUAUAUUGAGUUCAACACCAGCAUGAGACAAAAGGCGAAAACAACAUUUGAAAAGAAUUUCUACAAACUCCUUAAUAACUCUGUCUUCGGAAAGACCAUGGAGAAUCUAAGAAAGCAUCGUUCUGUGGAGUUGGUACAUACAGAGACGCGCUUAAAAAAAGUUUCAGCUAAACCGACAUAUAAAACACAUAGGAUUUUCUCUGAAGAUCUCGUUGGAGUGGAACUUAACAGAAUGAAAGUAAUGCUAAACAAACCUAUUUACAUUGGUAUGACAGUACUGGAUUUAUCGAAAAGAACUAUGUAUGACUUUUAUUACAAUCAUUUAAAGAAACUGUAUGGUGAUAAAGUGCAGUUACAGCUAUCAGAUACUGACUCAUUUCUGUUCCAUUGUGAAACUAAAGAUUUAUUUCAAGACAUGUAUAAUCAUUCACACUUGUUUGAUACAUCUGACUUUCCAAAAGAUCACUUUCUGCAAUCCAACACGAAUAAAAAGGUCAUGGGAAAAAUGAAAAGUGAAACUAAUGAAAAAUGUAUUUCUGAAUACUGUGGUCUAAGAUCAAAAAUGUAUGCCUUUAGCUGUGAUGGUCAAGAAGACAAACGAGCAAAAGGCAUUGCUAAAGUGGUUGUAAAAAAAGAUUUACGAUUUCAAAAUUACAAAGACGUACUGUUCAAUCAUUCUCAAUUAGUUUCACAAAUGAGUUCUAUUCGAAGUCAUAACCAUGAAAUAUAUGUGGAAAAAAUUAACAAAAUAGGACUUUGCUGCUUCGAUGACAAGCGUUAUCUGUUAGAUGAUGGUAUUACAUCACUAGCCUAUGGACAUUACAAAAUAAAAAUAAAUAGUUAA